AUGACGGCUGCCAGCCACGUACUCAUGGACCAAAUCACUUGCCAUCGGAUGGAACAACCGAACCACGUGUACGUUGAUGCCUACUUUUGCAUCUUCGUUCAGGAGGAAGCGGUCAAUACAACACUCCGGGAGAGCGUCCUUUUUGGCCUCUCCACCGUUCUUCUGAUUCAAGGCACAGACACGCUGUUGGAGAACUUGAACAUCAAUUGGGCCCUCAACUCGGAUGGUCUCCCCUUUGCUCUUGGAUUCAAUACAUGCAACAUCAUGCCGGGCCCAUCGACCAACAAUACAAUGAUGCGCAACGUCAAGUCCUUGGCGCAAUUGGGAGGGUAUGGCCUCAACAUUUCUGGAACCGACACCCUGGCAGAGGAUUCCGUCUUUGGCCAUUUCUCUGAUAAUGUCGGGCUUAACAUGGCGCUUGCCGUCUACAUUCACCAUAUCAGCAGGAACACCCUCCUCCAGGGCUCUGACCGGUUUGCUUUAAGGCUUCAAGCCACCGUUGGCCUCGAGACCUUUGGGCAAAACGUCACGGUGCGCAAUGCCACCUUCAACAACAACAUGUACGAGUCAACGACCAUGAUCCGCGUGCGCGGAGGCUCUUGCUGGUUUCUGGAGUGGCCCGAUGAUGGCCGGCCCUACCGCGGCUGGCCCUUUACCAAGGAGGACCCCGAUCCUCUUCACCCAGAGUUUGAGUAUCUUCACGACGUUUACAAUUUGGCACAGCCCGGCUAUCCGUACAAGAAGCUUUCCGUGCCCGUCCUCUUUGAUAAGAAGACUCAGACCAUUGUGAACAAUGAAAGCAGCGAAAUCAUCCGCAUGUUCAACUCACAGUUCAACGAUUUGGCCAAGCGUCCCGAGCUGGACCUGGAGCCGGCCGAUUUGGAAUCGGCCAUGACCGAGAUUGACGAGCUCGUGUAUCCCAACAUCAACGAUAGGAGCAUCGAUGAAGCGCCACCAGAGUUUCCGGCGAUGGACUGGCCUGCCUUUCGGGCGACCACCACCCAGGCUCUCGGCGCGCUCGACCAGGCACUGGCAGCGCCUGAAGCGUUGAACAACCGCUUGAAGCAAUUGGACCCCAACACUGACAACCUAGAAUCAGUGCUGCAAGAGCUGCACGGUGUCACUGCUGGUUUUGAGCUGCAUCCGGUGCUUCUCGAGCUUCAGACCGUGCUGGCAGCGUGCCCCGCUCCACCCACCGCGCUGACCAUGGCACCCGAAACGCUGCCUGCCAACCUCGGUGCAGCCCUGGACAAAGUCGCCAUGCUACACGACGUGGGAGCCAAGCGUCAAGAGCUGCUCACCAGCGCCAACAGCAACCUCCAGCAGCUGGCGAAGGCGCUGAUUACUGCCUUGCGUGCUGUGGCAAGAGUGGGAAUCACUGACACGGACCAUCGCAUGAACACACUAGAGCAGUGUGUGGAAGGCUUGGAUGUGAGUGCACCGCCUCCAGCCGAGGCAUUGCCCGAGGCCUGGGAGGAGCUGUGCCAAGCCCACGAAAAGCUGAGCUUGCCCGAGCAGAACGGCCUGGAGCAGCUGAUAACCUGGAGAGUCGAGCACGACUAUGAGCAUCAAGACUGGUAUCUGGCGUUUGCGCUUCACGAGUCGCAAGCUCUGAUGCAGCAGUUGCAAGACAUGAUCGACUGGCAAGCCACGACGCUGUCCGUGCUGACUUCGUGCGAAGAGUAUGCAAGCGGCAUCACGCAGAGCAGCGCAGAUCAAGUCGUAUCCAUCCACGAAGAAGUGGCCGAGCUGCAGAAGAACAUCCAGACAACCACGGCAUUCUUGCCUUUGGCUUCAGAUGAGAUGCAGGCUGAACUCGAGGCUCGAUUGCAAACUAUGAAGGAGCGUCUGGUCACUUUGCAGCAACAACUAUCGGAUCAAACACAGGUGGACCAGGUGGCGGCACUGGCAGAGCUGCUACACCAACACUUCCCAGCCCUCUUGAUCUUUUUGCACCCUGAACAGAGCGCGCUGGGAGCGCGGCUCCGCACAGUGCUUGGACCCGACCUUCCAGCCAGCCUCAUCUUGGAGGCCAUGACCGAAGUGGAUCGCACAUUGUCGCUCUCCAGCCUGGGUCAGCUUGAGCUCCAUUACAACCAAAACCACAAGGUGUACAAAGCUCGUGCAGCGCUGCCGAAUCUUCCUGAGCAAGAUUUGGCCGUCAAGGAGUAUGCUUUUGCUCGGCAACACAAGCAGGACCAGUGCCGUACAUUCCUGCGCGAACUGCGCGCCAUGCGCCAGCUCGAGCACCCACACAUCAUCCCGGUCCUUGGCGCGCUCGUGGACGUACACAGUGGCCACCCCAGCGCCUACUUGGUGCAGCCGUGGUGUACACAGGGGGAUCUGCAGCAGUGGCUCGGCAAGGCGCGCCACCUGGCCACCUCAACCGUGAUAGCAGGACUCAUGACGCAGCUGCGCUCGGCCCUGGCGUUUAUGCACAGCAAGGGCCUGGUGCAUCGGGAUGUCAAGCUGAGCAACAUCAUGUUGGACGGUGCAGAGGACCAGCCUGUAGUGCGGCUGGGCGAUUUUGACAUUGCCAAGGCCGCCGCUGAAGCCACCAUGCUACCAUGCACGGCCACCGCAUCGUCGGGCACGGCGGGCUAUGUGGCACCGGAGGUGCUAUUUGGAAUGGGUCGUGUGGGUGCACGACCGGCACAGGAUGCCUUUUCCUUUGGCUGUGUAGUCUACAACACCUACAUGUAUCCACAAACGGUGCCGCCUGCUCGUUUACCCACGGAUCAGCUUGUUGACAAAUGCACAUGGGAUGCAGGAGCAGGAAAUGCAAAUUUCGGUUUUCCGCACUUGGCGGCUGAGAUGUGCGAUUCGUCGAGCGAUUUGUACAAGAAAACGCGAGCCUUGCUGGCAGCAGAUCCAAAGCAACGGCCAAGCCUUUUCAGCGCCGGCCAAAUCGCAGAACGACCUGUCACGACCCAAGUUGUUGGGCCAGCCAUUGAUGUCUUGCGCGAUGCGCCCGAGCUCAUUUCAGAGGUGGGUGAGCUACUGCAGCAGCUGAACACCGAUGGGCGGGGACCAGCGAAUAUCACAGUGCAACGAGUGGAGCGCGUGCACAACCCCGUGCUGUGGGAGCGCUACAGCGCCAAGCGACGAGAGAUGUUGCAUCGUAUCAAAAGUCAAGUGCACUAUGAUCAGCUCCAAACGGCCACAUUAGAUGCACCCUCGGGCUCUCCAGCUCUGCUUCGCGAUGCAUCCUGUCAAGAGCGUCUGUUGCUCCACGGCAUCGCCCCUGACACAAUGUUGCGCGACAAGAUUGUGCGCCUGGGCCUUGACUAUCGCUUUGCGGGUAACAACGUCGGCCACCGAUUCGGUCUCGGUGUUUACUUGGCGGACCAUCCCGGCAAGAGUCACCGGUACACCAAUACUGGACCCAACGGCGAACGGAUGCUCGUCAUCACGCGAGCCCUGCUGGGUCAUGCCUUUGUCCAUCCAUCACCUCCUUCUGGGGCGCUGGCGCCACCGCUCCUGCCCGCUGCGCCCAACAACGAGCGGUAUGACUCGGUCGUCGCGACACCCUCUGGGGAAUUCCACGAGGUGGUGGUGUUUAAGAAUGCCCAAAUCUGGCUGUCCCUGAAUGAACGGCAUACCUUUCCAUACAUGGAUCGGGAGAUCAGUAUGCUAAUCUUCAUGUUUUUGCUGCUGGGCAAGCCUCUGGAGCACAGGCUGAGCAGCUGGCUGGAGAAGCGGGGCAGGCUGGCCACGUCCGACGACUAUGCUGCAUUUCGUCGAAAAACGACCACGUACCUGUAUCGGCCAACGCUUGGGAUGUGCGACGCGACGAGCGGUUUGUACAAGGAAACAUGGGCCUGCUUGCAACAAAUCUCAAGCAGCGCCCAACUCUCUUCAGCGCCGGGCAGAGUGUGCAACGCCCACGUUGUUGGGCCAGCCAUUGACGUUUUGUGCGACACGCCCGAGCUCGUGUCAGAGGUGGCUGAACUACUGCAGCAGCUGAUUGCUGACGGGCUAGGACCAGGUAACGCUGCAGGGCAGCGGGUGGCGCGUGUGCAGAACCCCGUGCGGUGGGAGCGCCACAACACCAAGCGACGGGAGAUCCUGCACCGCCUCACAAUCCAGCUUUGCUUCGUGAUACACCCUGUCAAGAGCGCUGGCUGCUUCACGCCCGAGCAAUCGCUGCGCGAUAAGAUUGUGGCCAUCUACGACCAUUCACACAUCUAUUCCGAGCUGGUGGUGUCCUAUACACGAUCGAAUGAUGCCAAACUCGAGGCAGUGUGA